AUCAGUGUCAAGUACGACUCAGUUAGUUUUUAGGAAUCCACUGAUAGGACAAACAUUACUUUUGUAGUAUGUAAUGUACUGAGGAGAUUAAUUUUGAUACACUUAUGAAUCGGCGACUGAUAGCAUUUUAAUCUCGACCUCAGGUAUGUUUACUUAAAAAUCAAUCCACUACAAAAUCAUAACAUUUUUACCACAUACGUAAUAUACCUAAAGGUGGUGAUGAAGACCUUCACUAGUAUUUUUGUGCUGCUACUAUCAUAGGCAGUUUUUGCGCUCUAUGGCAUUAUAGUUUUGUGCUAGUGUAGUUUACUAUUAGAGAUAAUUAUUCCCCGAGUUAUCAGCAGUGAAGUAGAAAAGGAAGGGUAAAAUUAAGUAACAAUUUCAGUAGUAAAAAAAGAUCAGAGCACUCAAUAAGACUCAACCAGUGUUAAAUGUCUAGAAAAUACUGUUUUCGUGAUUACGCAAAUAAUUCAGUCCCCCUCCAUUGCAAAAAUGGCGUACUACACGUUUUCAAGUUGGUGAAGAUCCGUUAUCGUUCACAUUCAGAUACUGGGUUAUUAGGUGUGUGGAGGUAGUCGCAGCUGCUCUGCUUCAAGAUUGGAAGAUGUUGCUUCCAGGAGGAGACAGUGCGAAAGGGAAAGAAUGGCCUCAGAUUCUAGCUAUCUGCUCAGGAUGUCUCUGCUCCUUCACAACCGGCAUGCUGACUUCCUGGACCUCUCCGUACAUCAUAAACAUAACAGAAGACAAAGAAAACUACGACAUAACCGAAGAUGAUACCUCACUGUUCCCAGUCAUCCCCCCCUUCUUCAUGAUGGUCAGCAUUCCAAUAUUCUCGAAACUGGCAGACAUCAUUGGAAGAAAGAAAACGAUCCUCAUCUCAGCAUUUCCAUACUUCACUUGUUGGCUCCUAAUGGCCUUAGCUAAAGACGUCUGGCUUUUUUACAUCGCCAGAGCAUUUGAAGGUGUAUCUGAUAGUAUAGUUUUCGGAGUUCUCCCGAUGUAUCUAGGAGAAGUUGCGACACCAAAAGUUCGAGGAGUAUGGGGCAACGGAAUGACACUCAUGAACUACUUUGGAGAAUUUUUAAUCAACAUUAUCGGCAUCAAGUGUAGUGUUCAACAGGCUUCGUAUAUAGGAAUGACUAUACCAAUAUUAUUCUUGAUAACUUUUGUGAUCAUGCCUGAGUCUCCGUACUUUUUGUUGAUGAAGCAACGAGAUGUUGAAGCCAUGACCUCACUACAAUGGUUGAGGAGGAAGAUUAAUAUUGAAGAUGAUUUCAAGCAACUUCAAUCGGAUGUAAAAAGACAAAUGUCAGAACAAGGCACCUGGAAAGAACUGUUUACAAUAAGUGCUAAUAGGAAAGCGUUGCUGGCUGGGAUGUUUCUUAGAAUUUCACAACAAUUCAGCGGACUUUCUGUCUACUACUCUUAUACUAAAUUGAUAUUUGUGGAAUCUAGAACCACUGUUAGUCCUGACAUGUCCAUACUCAUUUUCACAGGCUUGAACUUCAGCUUGAACAUCGUAGCAUCUUACACUUCCCAUUUCCUAGGAAGAAAGAAGUCCCAAAUAUAUUCAUUACUUCUUUGUUCUUUCGCAUUAGCACCUUUUACAGCUUACCUAUACAUACUCCAUUUUCAUCCUGAUGCAGAUCUAAGCAACUGGCGAUGGGUACCUUUAGCCUGUAUGUCAGGCUAUAUCAUAUUUUCUGCGUUUGGAGUCGCAAUCAUACCAUCUCUUAUGCUUGGUGAACUGUUUUCCGCCAGUAUUAAAGCAAAGGGUUUAACGGUACUUAUCAUGCAACUAGGGGCAUUGCUGUUUUCUGUAAAUUAUCUGUUUUAUUAUUUGAAGAGUACUUAUGGAAUGUACGCGCCUUUCAUGCUGUUUACGAUAUGUUCUCUAGUUUCGUCAGGUUUGGCGGUAUAUCUGGUACCUGAGACUGAAGGGAAAACGUUGGAGGAAAUUCAGCAGGGCUUGAAGAAGAAUAAGGAGAAUAGUUGAUGAUAAAGGUCGAUUAGACUCAUUUAUUUAAAUUAUUUGAGAAAGGACAAUAAAGAGGAGGACAUUUUUGAUACCGAUUUGGAUCAACUAAUACUUUAUGUCAAUCACAAACGGUAUUAAUAGCUAGGUUAAGAUAUAUAUGUAUAUAUACCUAUUUUUUGACACGGUCUGAUCAUUUUUUUCAAUAAAAUUUGAUAUUGAAUUAAGUAUAUCAGAUGUAGUACCUGCUGUCAAAGAUUGAGAGUUCAAAAUCUCUUCUUGAAUGAUAUCUCCGUCGAUGUAACGAACAUAAACUAUUAACUGUGCACAAUUAAUGAUGUCGGUGGAUUCAUCGCAACUAAUGGCAAAAAAUGGCGAUAAUUUUACUUUGUUAAUUAUAUGUGACUUUAUGACUGCUGCAAUAUCAUUGAUUCUACGCUUGACUGUGUUAUUCGAAAGAGAGAUUGACUGUAUUUUUUGCUCUGUACCUUCUCCUAAAAUUAUCUGCGUGGCUUUUAGGACACAUGGUUUUAUUAAUUCUUCACCAAUAGUAUGAGGUUUCUUGUGCUUUGCUAUCCUAAAGGCUAUUUCAAAUGAAGCUUUGAGAUGCUGUGAUACACCUGUGUGAUAACUUUCCGAUUUAUCCAGUCUCAUCCGCUUGAGUGAUCUGCUUUAGAAAAAAAAACUCUUUCGUCUUCAAAACCAGGGUAGGAUCUUGUUGCUUCAAAUGCACUUCAAGGCGAUUGGGCCUCAUGCUAUCAUUACCUAAAACUUUUAUACAUAUCACACACUGAGGCAAUUGUAACUCGUGUUCUUCUAUGGAGGUAUAUCCAAACUUAACAUAACAAUAAAACAAAUAAAAAGUAAUAAAUAGAUCAGCAAAAUACCUACAUGUAAUUACUAAUUAUAAGUAUGCCCAUUAUUGUAUAUUAAUAACGUAAUGUAUGCAACAGUAUAUUGGCCACCGGGAGAUUUACAUUUUUGUAGGCAGGUUGACGUUAUAAUAGUAAUUUUAAAUACGUUUGGAAUCAAUAAUAGGUACUUGAAGUUCGUCGUUUCAAAAUUAUUUCGCCACGUUGGUUUGAUUGUGAUGUGGUAAAAAAGUCCCAAUGGCCGAUCAAUAAACACGUCUCCACUCAAUUAACAACUUGGUAAAUUAAAUAAAAAUGGUAACUGGUUUGUAAAUACACAAACUUCCUUUUAACAGUGAGACAAUCAUUUGACACACUCAAACAGAUUUCUCAACAAAACAUGUACAUCGAAACGUUAAAUUUUUCACAAGCUUGUGGGAAUGAAUGUAACAGAUGCUCAUUCACGUCUGGUAGGUAAGUACACAAUUGUUUUCUAAGUGACGAAUGUUAAGCGGAGGUGCGCGCGGAUUUCAUGCUGUGACUUGUCGAAACUUGUACAUAUAAACUGCGACUGACGACGCCGUGUUUUGAAACAGCGGUUGACAGAAUAAGUGAAUAUGAUAUUUAAUUUCUAAUUUUAUACAUGUAAAUUAAACAUUACAUUGUAAUGUUAUUUGUUAAUGUUUUAGUUUAUUUGUUUGCUUUUUCUUUCUAAAAUGCAAACGCUUUCCUCCCCCCUUGACAUCUCUCUAUGCCCCCCUUGGGAGGCGCGCCCCCCUGGUUGGGAAUUCCUGGUAUAGAUAGUUCAUAGUGUGCAAAAAGUACAUUCCGCGUUUGCUUGGCAUGAGCGUCAUCAAAAGUGACCAUGGAGGAAUGACUCAACAACCCGACACGCUCAGUGACCAUGCUGAAAGCUACAAGUCAGUUCCCCAUCAUGCUUUAUUGGUUGCAGAAUGCCUAGUUUGUAAUCCUCUGUGAUGUGUGGUUGAGUAGCAGAGUACUACAAGAUCACAUCUGGAUCCGGAUGGUUGUGUGUAUUGGUCUGCAUGUGUAUAUAAUUGGUGAUAUUUGCUAUAUGAGCAAAUUAUAACUCAAUGUGUUGCCCAUGAAAUAUGCCUAUUAUUUGUGCCAGAUGGGUUAUUUGUGGUGUCCAAAAUUAUUCAUUACGAUUUUCCCCUCUUUGUUUGGCAUUUUCAAAAACUUUGAGGAGCAUUACGGGAAAUCAGCACCGCACCCGCGCUUUAUGUAAUUAAGCCACAUCAUAGAAAAUAUAGGAAUGACGCAUCACAUACAAAACCUUUUCGCUCUGCCUCACCUCUAGGCGCUGAUUUGUACUUGCUACUUGGCAUUGUAAAAUAAAUUUCUAUAAAAUUUAAAUGGCUG